AUGCAGAAGACACGGUUCUGCCUCAGAGUUGGACACCUUCUCCCCUACUCCAUGUCAGAUUCCAACAUAACUGACUUCACCAACCCCUCCACCUUCAUCCUGUUGGGCAUUCCUGGCCUGGAAGCAGCCCAUGUCUGGAUCUCCAUCCCCUUCUGCACCGUGUACUCCAUAGCCAUCUUGGGGAACUUCACCAUCCUGUUAAUAGUGAAGAGGGAGCCAAGCCUCCACGGGCCCAUGUACUAUUUCCUCUGCAUGCUGGCCAUCACCGACCUGGUCCUGUCCACCUCCACCCUGCCCAAAACGCUGAGCAUCUUCUGGUUGAAUUCCAGGGAGAUCAAUUUCAGUGCCUGCCUCACCCAGAUGUUCUUCAUUCACUGCUUCUCAGGGAUGGAGUCUGGGAUCCUAGUGGCCAUGGCUUUGGAUCGCUACGUGGCCAUUUGUCAUCCCUUGAGACAUUCCACCAUCCUGAGAAACUCUGUGGUGGCCAAGAUAGGCCUGGCCAUGGUGCUGCGUGGAGGUAUGCUUGUACUGCCCUUUCUCAUCCUGGCGAGGCAGUGGCCAUAUUGUAGGACCAACAUCAUCCCACACUCGUACUGCGAGCACAUGGUCAUGGUGAAAUUGGCCUGCGCAGACAUCCGCAUCAGCAAUUACUAUGGCCUCUUUGUGUUAUUCUUUGUGACCGGUGUGGAUGUGUUUUUUAUUGCUAUGUCCUAUAUCCAGAUCCUCAGGGCCAUCUUCAGCCUCCCCACAAAGGAUGCCCGGAUCAAGACUUUUGGGACCUGCAGCUCCCACCUCGGUGUCAUCUUAGCCUUUUACAUCCCCGCUCUCUUCUCCUUACUCACACACCGGUUUGGGCAGAAUGUGCCCCUGCAUUUCCACAUUCUAAUGGCCAGUGUGUACCUCCUGGUGCCCCCCAUGCUGAACCCCAUCAUCUAUGGGGUGAGGACCAAAGAAAUCUGGGACAGGCUGCUCCAUCUCUUUACUCAUAAAGAGACUUAA